GCUGCUGCUGCUGCUGCUGCUGCUGCUGCCUGCCGCCACUCGCCAGAUAAAUAAAAAUGAGACUCGUUCAGUGUAAGACUUUAGUUCACGGUGGAACCAUCCGACCACAGCUCAGCCAGCCAGAAACAUGAAAUUGUUAUCCGCCGUUGUGAGAUGGUAUCUGGGCCUGACAGCGCUAUUUCGUCUGUCAUAUGCAGCCAAAGAAAAAGUGUGUGCGGAUUUGGUAGGCACUGGUGGAGUUGGUGUUAGAAUAUGGCCUACGUUGAAGGCCUCUCCAAUAAGGAUCCAGCACCAUCUCACCUUUAGGCUGGUUCAGAUAAACUGGGAAGCUGAAGAAAUCUUUGAAGGUGACUGGGUAGGAGUGUUUCCGAAGGAUCCCCGUCCCCCAGUGAGAAGAUCAAAUCCUCUAGGACUUCCUGUGCCCCAAGAGGAAUCUCUGCCACCAUGGGAGAUGCCGGCUCCUCUGUUUUGGGAUACCCCUUACUCAACCCAAGGUCAACUUACUUCCAAUGUCACCCAAGGAAGGGUUGAGUUGCAGAUGUUAGCAGCAGGUGGCUGUGUUGGUGUUUGGACUGGAUUCAUAAGGAAUGGCAUAGCCGUCGCAGCUGACUGCUUAGCAUCUCAUCCAAAUUGGCUCUGGCAAAACAGGGACGUGUUGGGGUCCAGAUCACUUCGAUCCCUAGUUAUCCCAGGAUCUCAUAACUCUGGUUCCUAUUCUUUAAAAGAUGAAGAUGAUGUCGUAUCUGGCUGGGUAGUGUGCCAAGAUGAAAGCAUUAUUAGUCAACUGCUAUAUGGAAUUAGGUACCUUGACUUACGUGUUGCAUACUACUCUAACUCACCAGAGAAGUUGUGGGUUAACCACGACCUCGUUCAGUGGCGACCCCUUGAAGAGGUCUUAAGUGAAAUCCAGACCUUUCUAACUCUUUCUAAAGAUCCUAUUAUCAUUGAUAUUCAUCGCACACCUGUUGGGUUUGAGUUCUCAGAGGCUGUGCCCACGUUACUCUCUCUCUUGAAUAAUACCUUUGGUCGAGACUUCUUGCCUGAUCGCCUUGGCCCUCAAGUAACCUUAGAUCAGAUUUGGUCUAUUGGAAAACGUGUUAUCUUUGCUUACAUAGAUGCUGAUGUAGCUGAAGAAGAAGACUGGAUCUGGCCCCCUUUACCACAAGCCUGGGCUAAUGCUCAAAUGUUAGGUGACCUUCAGCACUAUCUAGAUGGCCAAAUGACCUUGCGUCAGUCAUCUCCAAGAAUAUGGGCAGCCAUGGCUCACCUCACCCCUUCCUUUUGGGAUCUCAUUCUCCGUUCUCAUGAGGGAGUUCGUGGACUGUCCGACAAAGUCAAUCGGCCCGUGACAAUGUGGCUAAGAGAACGUUGGGCUCAUUUGGCUAAUAUUGUGGCAACAGAUUUUUUCAGGGGGAAUAACAUAAUCAACAUAGCUAUCAGAACAAAUUUAGCGUUAUCUGUCUGUCCAUCAGGAAAUACUCACAGACCCCGCUAUUCUUACAAGUCGUCAGGUUUCCUGAGAAGAUCCACUGUACUGCCUGAUCAAUUCUCACCCAUGAUCAUUCCAAAAAUUAAUUUUAAUGAAGCUAUGCGAAACAUACCAGUUCCUGAAAGCACAACAGUGUCUCCCCUACUUGGAACUUUGUCAACUCCUCAUCCACCAAAAGCUAGAGCAAUGCAUCCAUACGCUAGCACAUAUGGAAAUACCUUUCAAGGAAGGAAUUUUGAAGGUAUACAUGCAGUACAUGAACCAAGGGAAGACUAUAAGAAGAGUGAACCCAAGAGUGCUGCUCAUGUCAUUUCACCAAUUCAUUCAUUACUCGAUAUAUUUGGCUUCAACACCACUAAUACUUCAACUAUUACAUCAAGAUUAUUGCCAAGUAACCAAAAUAAUUUUGAUGCUGAAGCUGUUGAAAGUGGUGCCUACGAAUAUGACCCAGAUCUGUUCUCUGAUAACCUGCCCAAAAAGCAGGGGUCAUUUAUGUCAAGUCAGAUAUCGGGAAAAUUGCCACUCAUCCUUGAGACUUCAAUGUCCAUUGCAUUAAAAGGGGAUUAUGAAGAGGAGGAUUCUCAAAAUUCAGGUGAUAUCCCCUUCAAAAUAUUAGGUCAAGAUGUAGUUGAAAACAAGGAUAAAAGGCAAUCAUCCUCACAGGUCAAUGCCAGUGAUAAACAAAUCCCCCAAAAUAGUAGUUCUCAGUCAUACAGCAGAGAGGGCUCUGAAGGUUCAUUAUUAUUAAGAAACACAACUACCUUACAAACACAGCAAUUCACUACAGCUACAAGUUCUCCAAUUCAACACCGUUUGCCUGAAGGGAUACACAACUCUAGUUAGACAAAGAAAAUGUUUGGGCUAGAAUUUAAAUAAAUGAAACAGAAGUGUAUCUAAUAAUAUUGCUAUUUUAUUUUUAAGUUAUUUUUAUAAGGAUUCUUAAGACAUUAAGAAAUCAGUGUCAGUUUUAAGUGUAAUCCAGCAAUGGAUGAAAUCUUCCCAACUUUGUAUCCACAUAGUGAAGUGUACUUGUAAAUAAUUGAUAUACCCAUACUACACCCGUCCUGUAAGAUGUUUAUAGUGCAUAAGCAAGAAAGAGAAAAAAAAAAAGCUACAUUCCCUCCUCACUGUCAGUAACUGCAGGAAUAUAAUUCAGCUAAACUUGAUACUUACAUUAUAUGAAAGCAAUUGUCAUAAUGAGCACUCAGAACUUUCUGGAUAGUGUCCCUGCGCACGUAUAACACCAAAUUACACUUGAAAAAAUCAGCAAAUAGCUUGUUCACUUAAAAGUAGCCAUUUAAAAGACUGUUCUGUGUACGUAUCUACAUCUUUGUCUCUUCAAUGUGUAGUUAUAAAUGAAUUUACGAUAUUGUAACAAGGUAGUUAUAUUUUUAGCUGAACAUUUUUUUUAAAGAAUAUGUAGGAGUAACACUAUUAAAGUGGUACCCAACAUGUUAACAUGUAAGGAAGUGGCAUGUACACUCUGCUACUUUUGGUAACAGCAUUAGGAGCAGUGGUUUCCAGUUUGAUAUUUUUUAACUAAAGUUUAAUCAUCUCCACAACUCUUUUCACACCCAAAAAUAAUGAGAAUGUGGUUGCUCAUUACAGUAACGUAAAUAUAUUGUUUCACCCUUACUCGUUUAUUUUAGUUUUGCUACUUACCAAAGGGCCAUAACCCUCUGGGAACAAUAAUUUAUUUACGUAUUCAUAGUCAAACACAGAACAAUUUUUUUUUUUUUUUAUUCUCAAAUAUGAAUAGUACCUGAAGAGUGAUAUUGUUGGUAUGUUGUUCAACAGACAUAAUGCUGGAUUUUGUACAUUAUGUAUAUACUUUAUCGUCUUCAUCCAUUCAUCCAUCAUUUGCUAAGUGUAUUGUUUACAGUUUUUAUUUGUUGUGAACUUGUAAGAAUUUUUUAAUAAAUAAAAAUUUCUUUU